AACUGAGCUGGGCGAGGGCUCAGGGUUGGGUCGGAAAAGCUGCCUCACUGAGCUGUCCCGCUCCUCCUGUCCCGAGGUGGCUGCCCGCCCCUCCCUCCCCCACAAACAAUUUCGCUGCGUUUUCCCGGAGGCUGCGCCCCGCAGCAGCUUCACCAAAAAAUGUCCCAGCCCGGCCCGAAGCCUGCCGCCUCUCCCAGGCCCAGUCGCGGCGCGGCAGCUCGCCACACCCAGGAGCAUGUUAAUGAAAAGAAUAUUGGAUCAUCUUCUAAACCAGGAGAAAAGAAAGGAUCCGAUGAGAAAAAAGCAGCAAGUUUGGGGAGCAGUCAGCCUUCCAGACCACAUGUUGGUGAAGCUGCCACAGCCACUAAGGUGACAGCUUCCUCUGCUGCCACCAGCAAGUCUCCCAGUAUGAGUACCACAGAAACUAAGGCUGUGAAAACAGAGUCUAAGAAGCCACAAUCAAGUGAGCCACCUGUGGUUCAUGAGAAAAAGUCAAAAGGAGGGCCAAAGGAAGGGUCAGAGCCCAAAAAUCUUCCUAAGCACCCAUCAAGUACAGGAAGCAAGCAUGCUCAUAAAGAAAAGGCACUUUCCAGAUCAAAUGAACAGAUGGUGUCAGAGAAACCAUCAGAAUCAAAGACAAAAUUUCAAGAUGUUCCUUCAGCUGGUGGAGAGAGUGUGGCUGGAGGUGGGACUGUGGUCACUGCCUUGGACAAAGUGGUUGGUAAGAAAAAAGAACAGAAAUCAUUCACACCAGCUUCACCUGUGCAGUCCACACUGAGCAAGCCAUCUGACAAGUCAGGCAUGGAUGCUGCCUUGGAUGACCUGAUAGAAACCUUAGGUGGACAUGAAGAUACUAACAAAGAUGAUCCACCAUAUACUGGACCAGUAGUUUUGGACCCAAUGUAUUCUACCUACCUUGAGGCACUGGGUAUAAAAGAAGGGACUAUCCCUCCAGAGUACAGGAGACUUUUGGAAAAAAAUGAAGGGAUCACACAGCCUCUUCCAGACUCUCCUAAACCUAUGGGGACUGACCAGGCUAUAGAUGCCUUGUCAUCUGAUUUCACCUGUAGUUCUCCAACUGGAAAGCAAAGUGAGAAAGAGAAGUCUACUGGGGAAAUUUUCAAAGCUCAGUCUGCAGGAGUGACCAGAAGUUCUGUUCCCCCCCAGGAAAAGAAAAGGAAGGUGGAAGAGGGGGUCACAAAUGAUCAAGCUCUUCAGGCUCUGUCAGAUUCACUGGGCACCCGGCAGCCAGAUCCUCCGAGCCACGUUAGCCAAGCUGAACAAGUCAAAGAGGCAAAAGCAAAAGAAGAAAGGCAGGAGAAGUGUGGUGAAGAUGAGGACACAGUCCCAGCUGAGUACAGGUUAAAACCAGCAAAGGAUAAAGAUGGAAAACCACUAUUGCCAGAGCCUGAAGAAACAUCUAAGUGCCUGAGUGAGUCGGAGCUGAUUGGGGAGCUUUCAGCAGAUUUUGACCGAUCUACAUAUCAAGACAAACCAUCUACGCCAGCUGAAAAGAAAUCUAAUGACACAUCCCAAACUCCUCCGGGGGAGACUGUGCCUCGGGCCUCCAUGUGCAGUAUACAGUCAGCACCGCCCAAACCAGCAUCCUUGAAGGGCUUGGUACCAGAAGAUGCUGUUGAAACCUUGGCUGGUAGCCUGGGGACAAGGGAAGCAGAUCCAGAAUAUGAAAAAUCUGUGGAGGAUAAAGUCAAGGAGAAAGCUAAAGAAGAAGAGCAUGAAAAACUUGGUGAAAAAGAAGAAACAGUGCCUCCUGAUUAUCGACUAGAAGAAGUCAAGGAUAAGGAUGGAAAACCACUCCUGCCCAAAGAAUCCCAGGAACAACUUGCACCCUUAAGCGAUGACUUCCUUCUUGAUGCGUUGUCUCAGGACUUCUCCAGUCCGGCAAACAUAUCGUCUCUUGAAUUUGAAGAUGCCAAACUUUCUGCUGCCAUUUCUGAAGUAGUUUCUCAGACACCUGCUCCAAGCACCCAUGCAGCAGCCCCACUGCCUGGCACUGAGCAGAAAGACAAAGAACUUGAUGAUGCCUUGGAUGAGCUUUCUGACAGUCUUGGACAAAGACCGCCUGAUCCAGAUGAGAACAAACCACUGGAUGAUAAAGUGAAGGAGAAAAUCAAAGCAGAGCAUAGCGAGAAACUGGGAGAAAGAGAUGACACCAUUCCCCCGGAAUACAGGCAUCUCUUGGACAAUGAUGGGAAGGACAAACCAGAGAAGCCACCGACUAAGAAAACAGAGAAACCUGAUCAGGACCGGGACCCCAUUGAUGCCCUCUCAGAAGAUUUGGAUAGCUGCCCCUCAACUACAGAGACCUCAAAGAAUACAACAAAGGAGAAGAGCAAGAAGACUUCAAGUUCCAAAGCAUCCAAGGAUGGAGAGAAAGCAAAGGACUCUUCCAAGAAGACAGAGGAAGUGUCCAAGCCAAAGGCUAAAGAAGAUGCAAGACACAGUUAAUGAAUUUGGGUAUCUGAAUAGAAAUUCUUCAGCUGGUGGAUGGUGACUUUUGAAGAACAAAGGCCUUGAUGACAGUUUUUUCUGGGUGGUUUCUGGACAGUGGUAUUUGUUAUGUCUUUUGACAUUUUAAACACUGAGUUGUUAUUCUUUUCCAGAACAAAACUGAAUUUGUCUGCUUCACAUGUGUUCUGUAUUGAGUAUUGAUAAACUUCAAAGAUUUUUAAUUGCCCUUAGAUGGGAGAAGGAAGCUUUAUAUUUGUAAGAAAUAUAUUUGAUAGUUUCUUAAAACACCAAAAAUCCCAGAAAGCCUUUACAAACCUUUGCACUUUAUAUAUACAGUGCCUGUAAAUCUCAUUAGUAUUUUUGGUUUGCACUAAAUCUUUUUUAGCAUUUGAAAAAUAAUGCUCCCAACUUCUGUCAGUAUUUCGACUUCUUAUUAUGUCUUUUUCUUCAGCUUUGAUGUAUCUUUGGGUUACUGUUGAUAAGUCAAACAUGAAAUAUUGUAUACUCGGUGUAUAACUCUUUGGGGGAUGCUAAUAAAUUAAUGAUAGAUGACCCAAGGUAAACCUUGGGAGCAUCAAUCUCCUUUCCUGCCUGAACUCUACUUUCCUAGGAAUGAGGACUUCUACUCAUGGUCAAACAAGACACACUGAGACUUGAAUGAAGCUAGCAGAAAAACAAAGCACAGACUAGAGUUUAACGUACAACUUUUAGCAAUAAAUUGGGGAUUCUUAGAAUACUCAUAUGGCUUGAAAUAUCCGGGUUUACCAUGGCAUUAAACUGUGGUUUCCACCCUCUACAUGAAAACCAGAUCGAAAUCCUUUGCUUAUAGUCACUUGCCACAUUGUCUAAAGCAUCUUUAUCAAAUACAAAACUCAACUUCUUCCAAUGCGCGUAUGUACAUACAAUGUAUACACUGAAAUUUAAAAUCUGCUGCUAUAUCAAGGCAGGUUAAACUAUCUUAACAUCUUUGAAUGGUACCUAAGAUUUUUCUGAGCACUGCACUGGUAUCAUUGAUGGAAAAUUGAUAAACAGUUAAUUCCAUUUCUACUUCCUAGCAAUGAAUGCUGGACGAGAUGUCAGGUGCAUAUAAACCAGACUUCAACUUUCUUAUUUCCAGAAAUCACAGCCUUUGUUGCCAUCAAUGUAAAGAUUUUACUACGAUUUAAUUAACUUUACUAAAUAUAACUUACAUCAUGAGCAAUUCCCAGGGGAUAGGUAAGACCAAGCAAAACAUUAUAUCCAUAAUGAACAUGAUAUUUUGUUAACUCUCUAAAAUUACUCUCUACAAAACAUGCAUGCACCUCUUAGAUUUCAAAUGCUACCCACAAAAGUAUUUAAUUCCCAGUCUUAUAAAAGGGACAGUCACUAUUCUGUUUUUAAGGCACUGAUAAGAAUGUACUCCCUGGGCGGUGGUGGCACACGCCUUUAAUCCCAGCACUUGGGAGGCAGAGGCAGGCGGAUUUCUGAGUUCGAGGUCAGCCUGGUCUACAAAGUGAGUUCCAGGACAGCCAGGGCUAUACAGAGAAACCCUGUCUCGAAAAGCAAAAAACAAAACAAAACAAACAAGAAUGUACUCCCUGUCUUAGAUAGGUUGUACUGCUGUAAACAGGCACCAUGACCAAGGCAACUCUUAUAAGGACAGCAUUUAAUUGGGGCUGGCUUACAGGUUCAAAGGUUUAGUCCAUUAUUAUCAAGGCAGGAACAUAGCAGCAUCCAGGUAGGCAUGGUGCAGGAGAAGCUAAAAGUUCUACAUCUUGUUCCUAAGGUAAACAGAAGACUGGCUUCCAGGGAACUGGGAUGAGUGUCAUAAAUCCCAUACCCACAAUGACAUACUUCCUCUAACAAGGCCACUUCUAUUCCAACAAUGGUACUGCAUGUGCCAAGCAUAUUCAAACCAUCACACUCCCUGAGUUUUGAAUUCAUUAUUGUCUAAUCCUUGUAUCUUGGCAGUGUAGGUGUCUGUGUACUCUUUUCGUUUCUAAAAGCAUGCUAAAACCUUUGGCAUUGGCACAUAUGCUUCCAAGGCUAUGGCUCUAAU